CUUAGAGCCACUAGCUGAAGCGGGAUUGAAAGAACUCUCAGCAGACGAAUCUAUCCUGGUUUGGGGUUUAUCCUGCUUCUUCUGAUCCAUGAGAGGAAAGCAAGGUGUCUCCCUGUUUGCUUUUGAGUGAUGUAUCACCAACAAAGAAAGUUUCAAAAAAGAAAGACCUGCUAUAAUUGGGAUGACUUCACACUAGCUAAGUUUGGAUAAAUAAAAAGCCUGGUGGAAAACGUAACAGCAUUUGAGAGAGGAAGUGACAAGAAGCAGCAUUAAAGUCCAGACAAGACAGAGUAUUCGUGAGAACUACAAGGGGUACCAAGGUAAAUGAAGCCAGCACAAUAUGUUCAGUGUAGAGGACCUCCUGAUUUCUCAUGGAUACAAAUUGUCUAAAAAUCCCACCAACUUGUAUGAGAACAGAAGUGAUGGAUUCCAGCAUGAAGUCACAGAUAGGCGGAUUAGUCAUGGACCACUUAAUGGGUUUUCAACCAACUCUGUAGCCUUUGCAAACAGCAAGAAGACAGGAACCAAAAGUACCUUGAAUGACAAUCAAAGCAGUUAUGGCAUCAGAGGGAGGCAGCCGGUCUCCGUUUACCAUAAAGACUUCCCAGCUUCGGCCAAUAUGCAUACUUCAGAGGCAGGGUUUUAUGACAAACCCCAGUUAGGCUGGUCCUCCAGCCCAAAGACAGAAAAAGAUCUUGCCUACUGGAGAAGAAGAGGCCAGGAUUUUAGUGCAUUACUGGGUUAUACUGACAAGGGGGACUCAGAAAUGAAGGGAAUGGCUGUGCCUUGCACUUUGUAUGGACAUGACAAAAAAGGUCAGUGGGAGAUAGAAGGUGGAACAGAGAAAAUUAGAAGAGCCAACAUGCAGGAGAACUGGAAACCCUCUGCUGAUUAUAGGUGGCAGAAUUUAAGGACAGAAAGUUGGGACCAGCCAACCGUAUUUGGAGGACUUGUGUCUGACAUUGACAAGGAAAAGCUACUUCAAGAUAAGUAUUCAGGCCGACAAGUCAGUACUGCCCCUACCUCCCACACUAAGGGAAAAUCACAAUCAUUGCCAAGAGUUCUUUCACCGGAGAGCCUGCGGUGUGUUGAAAUGCCCUCUCUCAUUACCAAAAAGCACUCAUUCAGUGGAACUAAAACAGUAUCUUGCCCCCGAACUGGACAGGGCCUGGAAACGUCUAGGCACCCUGAUCUAGCAGCCCACUUCCUUCCCUUACCCAAGCCCAAAUAUGGCAGACCCUUGAAGCCUCCUUCCUAUGAACUUCAUCAACAAACCAGGGGAAACCUGGAAACCAACUCACUGCAGGAUGACUUGCGAAAAGAGGAAGCCAUCUCCAGUUCAACCAAAGUCAGUGACCCGAUUCAGGAUGUUUGCACUCAGGACUCUAGCCUGGAGCCCCCUUUGUAUAUUCCCCCUCCAUGUUAUAAAUCACCAGCCCAGCAAAAUACAAAUCAGUAUUUGUCCAGUGAAGUGCCUGAUUAUGAUAUGUGCUUUAAUAAUGGUAUGCAGAGUCCAGUUGAAGCAACCAAUCUUGGCUACCCCCCAUCCACUGGUAUAUUUAAGAGUGGGUGUGAGCAUUAUCAGAAUGAACCAAUUCCUUAUGAUAAGAAAAGCCAUCUAAGUCAGGUGGAGGGCUACUUGUCUUCUGUUCAGUAUAUUCCUUUUGAUGACCCACGAAUACGGCAUAUUAAAAUCGCACACCCUGAUGGCCUUCAGGAGGAUGUCAGAGCUGCUGAGGAUGCAAAUAGGACAAGUCUGUAUACCUUCCAAGGGAAUUCUCUGGAAUCAGAGUACAACAGUGCCUUUUCAAAUAUGCCAGACUCACUAAAUACUGCUGUGAAAUGUGACCAGGUCUCUGGCAGUUCUGCACAGAGCAGCAGAUGGCUAGCAGAAUUGAACGUAGAUCAGGACAGUUGUGCCUUGCCUAGCCAAAGAGACAGUUAUGACGCAGGUAAUGACUUGAAUAGCAAAUGCCCCAAAGGUUGGUUGUCUGCACAAAGCCCUUAUGCACAACCCCUCUGUGAAACUGUGACUAAAGUGAAAACAUUUGAACCUGGCACAGAGAUCCAGAGCAAGAGGAGUUCAAAGAAAAAAAUGAACGAAACAAUAUUUUGCUUGGUCUCCAUCCCGGUAAAGUCUGAUCUGAAUCUGCCAGAUACUGAUAGGAACAACAACUUAACACAGGGGGGCGAAGAAAAGAAUGGGCUUGAUAACAGUGGGGUUCUGCAGGAACAAAGUCUCCUAAGCACUUCUUCCACUGAUUUGGAGCUCCAAGCCCUUACAGGAAGCAUGACCAAUAAGAAUGAGUUACGAAAACAAGAGUUGUGGAAACCAGAGUUCAAACAAAUGAAUGAUCUCAGAUUCCUGCAGCCUGCAAAACACAAGGAGCUCCAGUACUCUGGCUCAUGGCCAGGUGAUCAGUACAAGGACCAACAGACACAGACCAGUUUCACAGAAGAACCCAAAGUCAUGCGACUUUUCCAUGGUUUAGAACACACGGGAUCAGAUAUGGCAACAGCUUCCCAGUUGUUAAGACAUGGCACAUCUACUGCAGAGCCAACACUAACUGUGUUAGCUGCUGCCAACAAAAAGUGUAAACAAUUUACCUCCAGCAUGAAAGACCAAGGGUAUCAGAACAAAACCAGCAAUAGCAUAUAUUCUAGGACUCUUGUAGAUAGUCCAAAAGUAAGGCCCAUUUUGCCUUCUGCUUCACACACAGCUUUUUCUGGGCAGGAAAAGGAAACCAAUUCUGUCUUCAGAGAGGAAGAAAGCACCCCUUGUCAAAGUAAGGAACUGUUUGGGCAGUUCCUUUUGAAACCCGUUAGCCGCCGUCCUUGGGAUAUCAUAAGUGAGCUAGAAAGUUUCAACAAGGAGCUUCAGGAACAGGGAGAAAGUACUGAAGAUGGUGUAGAGAAUGAUGGCAAGCAGGAAAGGGAAGAGGAGGGAAAACGAGGGAGAAAAGAAAGUGGAACCUUUGGGAUUGAUGAGAUGUGCCAGGAGUCAGACCAGAGACCUGGGAUGCAGCCAGAAACUGUUAUACCAGUUGCUCCUAUAUGUACACAGGAUAAGAAUAAAAGCAAAUCUGAAAGUUUAAGUGCAUCUGAAUGGUCAAACACUAGGGUCAUAGCUAGUGAAUCUCAUGUGGAUACUAGAUGUUUGCAGGCCAGAGAGAUGGGUGAACCUAUCAGGGCAAUAAAUGGGUACCUUCUAGCAGAACAAAGAAAACAGGAAGUUGGGAAAAGGGUAAUAAAACAUGUUGUCAGUCUACAGUCAACCAAAAAAAUUCCAGACAACAGCUAUGAUGAUGAGAAUCACUACAAUCCAUUCAAUAGCUUCAGCUUCAGAAAAGAAAUCCAACUGGAAAAUGACAAUGUAAUUGACUUAGAUAGGCUGAAGAAACAUACAGCACCAAGGAAUAACUUAGCAUUGGAGAGAGGGUCAGUACUGCGAUUAUCUUUAACAAAUAGGAGUCAAGGUCUUUCUGAACCAGAUUUGAGAAGUGUGGGAUUUGAUGAUGACCAAGGACCUGGCACUCAUGUGCUGGAUUGUUAUGGAAAGCCUAUUGUGCCUGAGAUUCCCCCCAAUGAAUCGCUGCAGGCAAGAGCAGCUAGGAUCUUGGGAAUAGAGGUACCUGUGGACUGUCUUGUACCCAAUAACAGAACAGUUCAUGAUAAAUUAUCAAACAUCAUUUCCGAUAACCUACCCCAGAGCCCUAAAUUGUCAGCUGAAAAGGCACUGGGGGAUGUGACGGCAGCAAAGGUGACUUCUUACGAAGGAAGACGGAAGUGUGGCUGGGCAGAAAGCUCCUUCUUUGUUGGAGACAAUAUCUCAUUGGAGUCUACUGAAGACCAGAACCCUGGACAAGAAACAUUAAUAGCUGAACAUUUUGAGCAGCAUGAAAGUGUUAGCAAACAAAGUGAUGACCAUAUUCCCCCUCUUGAGUCUGUUGUGCUUCCAUUUGCUGAAAGACAUGAGAUUCCACCUAAUGCAGAAAAAAAAGGCAGAGGCACAUCAAAGGUGAUUGAGACCUUGCAAGGCAAACUUGCAGCUCCCCCUAACCGAGCUGCAAUGGAUCGCCUGGUGAGGAUGAAAGAAGUUCAUUCGGUUUCUCGUAUGAGGCGACUAAGCAUAAAGAACAUGGAUUCAAGUGAGGAUGGAGAUGAGGACAAACAGUCCAAGGGCUCAGAAGAAAGAGGAAGUGAUCCCAGUUCUGGGCAUAAUGAACUGCCCCGUAAGUUGUCCCAUGGAAGCUCAGUCUCCAAGCGCAUCAUCUCACUCGCUGAAAAUGGACUCUCGGACAACAGAAAUGAGAAGAAAAAUGGAAAACAUUCAUUUUCUUUAGAUGUGUAUGAUCCCACCAGAGUUGAAAGAGUGUGAUACGAAAAGACAAGAGUUCUGAUCCUUCUGCGGAACAUUUUUGCCAAGUCCCAGUACUGGAGGAUACUGACGAAGCCUUCAUUUCUGUUGGGGUGGGGGGGGGGAGAGAUUACUUCUUAUUCCACUGCUUUAUGGAGCCUGCCUGGAAGACGGCAAGAGAAAGAGAGUGAGCGAGCAAAAAUUUCUCAUUUUGGAACCAUCUGUUUUUUGUAGCUUAAGACUUAAUGCCACUACUUGGCAUGGACUGGUCAUUUUACAACCCAGCUGAGUAGCGUUCAUCCAGGAUGGUAAACAGGAUGAAGAUGGGAGGGGCGUGGAGGGAUGGUUGGCUAAUGCCUCUGUAGAAAAUGUAAACAGGGGAGAUUAGCAAAAUGAUUUCUGAAAGAAUGUGAAUUUCUAAGCUAAACAUCCGAACCACUGAACUCUAAGCUUUAACAUUGGCCAUGAAGCAGGCAGAAAGAGAGCUGCAGCCACUGCUUUUUUCAGCUCAUGGGAAUGGAAGCCAAUGGGAAAGGAGGCCGAUUGAUUGACUGUGAAAUUAUCUUGGACCAUGUGAAGGGGCUUUGACUUUAAAUGUCUUACUAGCCACAUGCACAGAAUAGAAGAGCAAAUGCUCCACAAAAACAAAACAAAACCCCAAGGCCAAAACAUCACUGUACAUACAUAUCAUUACAGCCAGUUCAGCCACUGCUACCAAACCAAUACCAAUGUUAUGCUGGCUGCUGCUGUUUUGCACUUAACUAUCACUUAGUUAGUUAUAUUUUCCCCCAACAUUUUAUUUUUUGAUUUCCUUCCAUUUUUGGGCUGACUUAAAAUUCUUUCCAUGAAGAAAUUGCUCCAUUACUAUAGCAGACCCCUUUAAAUGAAGCAACUUUUUUUUAACAGAAGGCGAUCUAUUUUUCUAUAGUCUAAGGAAAAUGCUAACUGUUGAGGUAUAUCUGCUUUUUACAGGAGGAAGGCUUUUUGGAGAAAUUGUUUCUUUGUAUGUCUUGAGUACUUUCCCCAUUAGGCACAGCUUCCGCUCUCUCCAUUGUAAAAAGAGUUAUGCGUUUAUGUGGGUAUGUACAUAUGUAGAUAUCUCUUCUAUGGAACAAAUCUGUUUGUAUUUAGAUAUAAGUUGUUCUCUUGUUGGCUGGCUUAUUUCUUUCAGAUAAGCACACAACUGACAAUGGUCCAGGAUCGUCUUCCACUUUGUAACAUUCCUUUCUUGUUUAUUACCAAAAACAAAACAAAACCCCAACUCAAUCCUAAGGAAUCUGAAGUAGCACAAAUAUUAAGAGGAUUUAAAAAGUGCAAAUCUAUCUAUGGAAUGUGUGUCAGGGUGCAUGGCCUCUACUCUGGUUCUUGGGAGAAUCCAGUUCCACCCAUAUGUUUAUGGAGGAAUAUGGGAUGGUGAUGCAUUCAAGGCAUCGGUGACAUAUAAUAAGCCACACAGAAGCUACAACACAGUUGACACUGAUCUACUAAAUAGGUCAUUGCCAAGAUACCAAGAGAAGAAUCAACUUGGGAGUCCAGGAUCAAAUCCUGCCAUAACUGACACAACAGAAGUGAUUUUACCUCUGUACCAGAUCUUAUAAACAGAUUUUAUAUCCAGCUAACGUCGCAGAGCCACUCACAGGAAUGGGCUGUCACUCUGUGUUCACGUUUUAAUAUUUACACUAAUUUUGUUUUUUAAAACUAUAAGCCCAUAUUAUAGACACUUUUGUGGCCAUACAAAGAGAUAUUUUGGAAAACCAUACUCCCAAAAUAUUGCAAGCAUAUUUGAAAAGAACCUUGUACAUUAUUCUAGGAUUAAUACUGUUUUAACCAACACAACACUUAUUUAAGUGUAUUCCAUGCUCACUUCCCCAUUCUGAAAAUGUAUUUCUGCCAAUUUGUAUUGGUCUUUUUAUAUAUUAUUUUUCUUUAAAAGCCAUGUUAUCUGCUAAGCAUUUCCAGUUCCUGAAAUUUUAUUUUUUUGGGUCCUAUCAUUUGGCCAGAUAUAAAACUAACCCACCUGUUGUGCUUUGGCAACCACAUUUGCUUAUCUGUAACAUGAGAUUCUAUUACAUAGGAUCGUUAUUAAAUAUUUAAAGUUUUUUAUAUAUCAAA